GCCUCGCAAUCAUGCCUGAAGCUGUGAGCUGGAGCACACAAAUGGAGAUAGAGCUAUUUCAUGCCAUACUGACCCACAAACCAGUUGGUGUUGAUCGGCAUUUCCAGAUGAUUUACAUCAAGUCACUGUUGAACUCACGACCCUGCACAAAUAAGCUGACCACUUCUCAGCUGUGGGAGAAACUGGAUUCGUUGUAUAAUAUGGAUGAGUUGCAUGAGUCCGAAGUAAAUCCAUUUCAAUUCAAGAUAAAGGAGUUCUGCUUGCCUGAGGAAUUUACCGAACUCAGAUCAAAACCUUUCCCUCGUGCUGAUUCUGAUCCAGCAAGUUUAAAGACCAAAUCCCUAGCGGAAUCAGGGAAUUAUAACGGUGUUCGUUCUUCGGGGCAGAAACGUACCAGAAAAUGGUUACGAUCCAGCGAUCCUGCAUUCUCCACCCCACCCGGGACACCGAACCCCUCGUCUGAGAAAUCAGAAACACCCGGUAGCGCAGGCGAGUCCCAACCGCGGAAAAAGCGACGGCAAAUUUAGUGCUCCUUUCAUAUUCUCAUACUUUUUUCUGUGUAAAUACUGUAUCCAAAUACACGCGUGCAUCUUUC